UAAAUAUUUUACAGACCGAACUUAACGAAACUCAAAAAAAGUCAGAAGAGAGACAUUGACAUCUUCACAUGCCCGAAUGAGCACACAUCCAAGACAACAAGAAUAACUCAUCUCUUUCUCCCUUCCUGCAUAUCUUCUCUGCAACUUCCGUACCAAAUCUUUAAAACUUCCUCAGGUUUUUUUAUUUUUUAUUUUUACCAUCUUUUAAUCUCUCUUUUAAAAAAGUUCAUUUUCACUCUGUCAACUCUAUGUUCUUCCACGUCGUCUCUAAUCUCUUCAGACAGAAUCUGUAAACUCCACCCAAAACUUUAUCUUCUUUUCAAAACUUUGUCUCCCUCCUCAAGUUAUUUCUUAUCUCUCUUUAAUCACACGUAUAGCACAUCCAUUUUCAAAAACCUUCCCUUUAAAGUUUCUACCUUUCUCAGAAAAACAGCUUUCAUUUUUUUCUUCCUCUCUUUUCUCAUCAUCAUGAGAGGUCUCGCGGCUUGUUACAGCGAACACGCCAUCAAAGUAUCCGACACGUACUGUUCCGGCCCUUCUAACCACACCUACAUCUCUCCGACAUUACCUCCUUCGAUCCCCGACACGGUAUCCACCACUUACACAUCCUCCUCCUCCUCCGUCUCUGUUUCGCUCACCUGGUCGGAUAAUCUCGCCGUCGUGAUCUCAACGCCGGCGAAGUCUUACUCCGUCUCGCUAAAGAAACCGAAAGGGUCGAGGAAGUUGACUUCUUCUUCCUCCGGUUCACUCAUCGCUGAGAUCCUCUGGGAUCUAACGGAGGCUGAGUACGAUAACGGCGGACCUGAACCGAGCAGAGGGUUCUCCGUCGUCGUUGCGGUGAAUUCCGAGGUCGUCCUCCGAGUCGGCGACGUUGACCAGGAGAGUCUCCGGCGAGAUAAGUCGUCGUCGUGGAGGGUCUCGAGAACGGAGAGAUACUCCGGGAGUUGCUGGCUCUCGACGAAAGCUAAAUUCUCCGACGCCGGGAGUAAACACGAGAUUCAGAUACAAUGCGGCGGCGGCGGAGGUGGUGGUGGUGGUGGUGGGGGAGAGGAAGGGUAUUUAUGGAAAUUAAAAAGUCCUGAAACGAUGUCGGUUUGGGUGGAUAAGAGGCAAGUGUUUCAGGUGAAGAAGCUGAAAUGGAACUUCAGAGGGAACCAAACGAUGUUCUUCGACGGUAUGCUCAUCGACAUGAUGUGGGACUUGCACGACUGGUUUUUCAAAGAAACGACGUCGUCUUUUUCCACUUCUUCCUCCAAAACGGCGUCGUCUUCGUCCUCUUCUUCCUCCUCGUCUUCUCCACCGUGUGCGGUGUUCAUGUUCAGGAGGAGGAGUGGAUUGGACAGCAGGUUGUGGCUCGAGGAGGAUGAAGAAGAGAACAAGAAGAUUGGGUUGAGAGAAGCCAAACAUUCGUUUUCUCUUGUCAUUUGUGUUUCUAAAAAGUAAAAAAAAAAGAAAAAUUUACUGAUGCAUUGAUUUUUUAACCCUUUGUUCGAUGGAUGGUUUAACAUUAACAUAACUCUUUGUUGUCUGAUUUUAAUAUAUAAUGUUUGCAUGA